AAAUAAAAUAUGUAACUUUGUUUUGGGUGCUUUGGAUGCUAUUUUGAACCCGUAUGAUUCAUUAAAUUGAGAUGAAUUUAUAGGUCUUUGAUUAUACUGGAGUCAAUUGUCUUGUUUUAUUUAAUUGUCUUUUAUUUAGUGUGUUUUUGGGUUCCUUUUGUUUGGUUUUCUUGGUUUUUUUGGUUCUUUAGCUUGGCUUCUUUUCUUUUAUUAUUUGUCAACAGUCCCUACUGUGAUCAGGUGAUUUUGCAUCACGUUAAAAUGUAGAUAUUUGGAUGGAAUAUUUUUAAUCUUUGGAUUUAAAUAUUUUUUGUUUUGUUUUGUUCAUUUAUUGUUAAGCUGAUUAAUCUGAAAAUGUGAUGGGGCGAUAUUAAAUUCGCGAAUUGCUUGGCCGGUUCAAUCAUCACCACAGUUAUCACCAGAGGAUCUUUGAAAGUUUGCCUGUUUUUUGGUGCCCAUUCUACAUCUACACAGUCUUUUUUGUUUACCAUAUCUUUUUGCUACAAGUGUGCACUUUGUGACCAUUAAUCAUUCAUCAUGGAGAGUAAACACCAAGGAAGAUAUUUUUUUAUCGAUACCAACCCUUCAAAUCAAGCCCCGAACCUUCCAAGCCAGGAUAAUAAGGGUUAUGAAAGUGAUAUAAUCGAUGAAGAGCUAGAGCAUAGACUCUAUUCUUUGGUUCAUCAUUCAUCUGAAGCUGUUCCAGGUUGUAAUACUACACAACGGAUUGAUACUGCUAAAUCAUUUAUCAGCCCUUCCAAACCUGUGAAAAAGCAAGCCCCUGACGACUCAAUUGUUUCCGCUUCAAAAAGGAGAAAAAGUUCUCCAAGUGUGCUAAAGAAAGCCAAUACCAUUGAUCCUCCACCUUCCUCAUCGUCUUCCACUACUAAUCUUCAAGUGCAAGUCGACGCAAAUUACAAUUCAACCAUCUAUUUAUCUGACUCAGAUGAAGAUAAUGGUGGUUCAGAAGUAAAUAUUGUCGAUGAUCAACGAGAUCUAUGGCAUAUAGACUAUAAAGAUAUCUUAAUAGCAAACCCAAUACAUGGGAAGUUUUACCGUCCCAAGAUUUGGUGUUCUAGAUGUCGUAAAGAAGGAAAUCAUCCUGUUAAGCUAUGUCACUUGCCUAAGAAUAAGAUUUGUUAUAUAUGUGGAGAGAUCGGUCAUUUAGGCCAACAUUGUAAAAACCAACAUUGUAAACGUUGUAUGGAUUUCCAUCCUACUUCGAAGUGUAGUUUAAAUGUGCGAGAUUUCCAAUGUCGUAUUUGUAGUAAAUACGGUCAUCUCGAUGACAAUUGUCCUAACCACUGGAGGAAAUUUUUCAGCAUCACAGAUCCUAGCGUAGAACCUGAUCCAGCAAACCAUAAAAUCCUUAAAAACAAGAAGAAAAGUUGUUCCGUUUGUGGACGUCAUCAACACUACUCUUUUGAAUGUGACAGGUUACGCCAACGGCACAUCGAGAUUAGUUCACCAUAUGAUGUCAACACUACAUUUGGCGGAAAUUUUCAUCCCAAUAAAACCAAAUCUCCUGCUUCAUCACAUCAAACCCUUCAACCAUCAGAGCUAACAACAUCAGGUCGCAAAUAUCGACGGCCACGCUAUUUUAGUUCUAACAAUCAAGAUGUUGUAACAUUGGACUCUGGUACAAAUCCACAGAUAUCUAACAAAAACAAUCGUAAAAAAUCCAAAAAUGAAAGAAGAAACAAGAAAAAGAAGGCUGGACGGCAAUUCGACGAUUCAGUUCAAAUCAUUAAUGGACCAUCAAUACGUUCUGGUCGUGUGGAUAAGAAUAAAACAAGACAACAGCAAAAGAAAAGGAAUCGUAAAGCUGGUAAAAAUCUUGGAAACUCUGACUUCAUGAUUGGAUUUAGGCGUUAAAUCUGUAAAUUAAAAAAAAUUCACUAUACAGCUUUCCUACCCUUUCGAUUGUAAUACAUUAGAGGGUUACUGUGCAAACCUCAAUAUUGCCUCAAUAAACUAUUAUAUUCAACUUUCAA